UCACCUGCAAGACAAGUUUGGCGAGGAAAGUUUAGAAUCUCACUUCAGACACUUGUUUUCUCCGAUGGCCACCGAUGAAAUUCUCUAGAAGUUGUCGACUUACGUUUUUUUUUGAGUCAAACGCAUAAGGGACGGAAAAACUUGUUAAACUGGAGAAGAUGUAUCUUAAACAAAUGAUUUUUUUAGGAUUCUCAGACCGUACAUUUUCACACAGAUCAUUGAUUUUCCCACUGUUGCUAUUUAUUUUAUCUGGUUAUUGCAGUGCCGUUCCUUCAAGAACUACUUCGAGUGAUUCAAGAUCGUGUUACCAAACUGGUGCUCCAGAGAAAAACGUAACUUUGAUGUACGGUUUGGAUAACCCCAAGGUUGAAAAGUCUUUGAUCGGACAUGUAAAAACGUUGAAAGAAUGUGUGGAAAUUGCAUGUCGAAGAGAAAACGCCUCUCUUGCCUUCACGUCGCGUUUCGACUGCUACUCAGUGACCUGUCAUGGGGAUGAAGAGUUAUGUUGGCUUUUACCGAGUUUUAAUAACCCAACAUUGGUUUUUGCUAGACUAGAAAGAAAGAAAUUCAAUGACUCAAAAAAAUCAAAAGAAACGAAAAAAGGCGGGUAAUAGUGACUUUACCUGUCGCUGGAGGUAUUGUACCUGCUAUAUAGGACAUAUAGUAUUGAUACUCCAGAAAUCUAUCUAUCCUUGCAGCCCCUUGUGGCAAAUGUAAAAUAAGAAUAAAAUUCAAAACAACCAUUCGAAUAAAAUAUUUAAAGAUGUA